AGGCUCAGGAGCAGUCUCUUCUCCAGCGGGCAGCACCAGGCCUGUCCCCGCAGCUCGCGGUCGGGACAUGGAGGCGUGAAUCAGCUGGGGGGUGUUUUCGUCAACGGCCGCCCCCUCCCAGAUGUCGUUCGCCAAAGGAUCGUGGAGCUCGCCCAUCAAGGGGUCCGGCCGUGUGACAUCUCCCGGCAGCUCCGCGUCAGCCACGGCUGCGUCAGCAAAAUACUUGGCAGGUAUUACGAAACCGGGAGCAUUAAGCCUGGAGUGAUUGGAGGAUCAAAACCAAAGGUCGCCACACCCAAAGUCGUUGAAAAAAUCGCAGAGUACAAACGCCAAAAUCCCACCAUGUUUGCCUGGGAGAUCAGGGAUAGACUCCUUGCUGAGCGAGUGUGUGACAACGACACCGUGCCCAGCGUCAGUUCAAUUAACAGGAUCAUACGGACGAAGGUGCAGCAGCCACCCAAUCAGCAGGUCCCAGCCUCCAGUCACAGCAUAGCCUCCACGGGGGCUGUGACACAGGUGUCCUCCGUCAGCACCGACUCCGCCGGCUCGUCCUACUCCAUCAGCGGGAUCCUGGGAAUCGCCUCCCCCGGCACCGAGAGCAACAAGCGCAAGCGGGACGAAGGUAUUCAGGAAUCUCCAGUACCAAACGGCCAUUCUCUCCCGGGCAGAGAUUUUCUUCGGAAACAGAUGCGAGGAGACCUUUUCACUCAGCAGCAGCUAGAAGUGUUGGAUCGAGUCUUCGAGAGGCAACAUUACUCCGACAUUUUCACAACAACUGAGCCCAUCAAACCAGAGCAGGCAACUGAAUACUCAGCCAUGGCAUCGUUAGCUGGUGGAUUAGAUGACAUGAAGGCCAAUAUAACCAGCCCUACUUCUGCAGAUUUGGGAGCGAGCGUUCCCGGGCCUCAGUCAUACCCUAUCGUCACAGGUCGCGAGCUGGCAAGCACAACCCUCCCAGGAUACCCUCCGCACGUCCCGCCUGCCGGACAGGGCAGCUACUCCGCUCCGGCGCUGACAGGAAUGGUGCCUGGGAGCGAGUUUUCUGGGAGCCCAUACAGCCACCCACAAUAUUCGACGUACAAUGACUCCUGGAGGUUUCCCAACCCUGGACUACUGGGCUCCCCGUACUACUACAGCGCUGCAGCCCGCGGGCCGGCUGGCUACUGCUUUAACCGCCUGUGGGUGCCACGGCUGUAUCUGGGGAUAAGGAAGAGGCGUGACAGAGGAGCCAACGAGGAGCUCUGCUGGGCCUCAUACAAUAACGAGGGGUUUGUUGGGAAUGUGAAGGUCAAAGGGAGUGUUGGCCACAGCAACCAUGAGAUGGUGGACUUGGGGAACCUGAAGGCAGGGAGGAGGUUGAAAUGCAAGCUCAAAACCCUGGGCUUCAAGAGAACAGACUUUGACCUCUUCAAAGAUCUGCCUGGAAGAGCCCUGUGGGAUAAGGCCCUGCAGGGAAGAAGAGCCCAAGAAAACUGCUGCAAGGAUCGCCACCUCCGAGGUCAAGAGCGGUCCACCCCAACAAGAAAAAAGAUGGGCAAAAAUGGCAGGAGGCCUGUGUGGAUGAACAAAGAGCUCCUAGCCAAACUCAAACACAAAAAGGAAGCAUACAAAGGGUGA